AUGGAGAUCACUGCACUCAGCGUGGAGGGGACUGACCUGUUUAUCCACAGACUCCAAGACUUCUGGCACUCUGCAGCCUUCUCCGACCUCACUGUUUUCACAUCAGACAGGACCUUCCAGGUACACAGGCUAGUGCUAUGUGUGCGGUCUCAGGUCUUUUGUGACCUCAUCGUAACGGACACUCAGUACGCGCUCGAAAUGAAGGAUGACCACCCACACAUCAUCGAGGCCAUGAUGCGCUCUUUCUACGGACUACCCUACGACGCGAUCAACAAAGCCACAAGCCAGAUGUGCCCCAUGCUAUUCAACGUCAUGGUUUACAACAUUGCUGCAAAAUACCAACUGGACUACCUCAAGGUACAAGCCAGACUCACCUUUGCUUCUUGCGUGCAAGAUCUUUGGGCCUCGAAUAGUUUCCUGAUUGCAAUUUCUGAAGCAUACACCGCCACACCAAGGGAAGAUCGGGGUCUUCGUGAUUUAAUUGUGGCAAUGUGUCAGACACACAGAAGGGACCUACGAGAGAAACAGGAAUUUGAAACUCUACUUGCGGAUACUCCUGGACUUGCCAGCGAUCUUGUGCUUCUUUCGCGCCAACGGCUGCCUCCAAACUUGUCUUUGGAACCGCGUAUCGUCGAGUCCUAUGUUUGCAUGGAUUGCCUAUCAAAAUGGCAGAUUCAAGUUGGGAUCGUGAGAGAUUUCCUUGAAUGCCCUUUUUGUCAUCAUGAUCAAGUACUCCCUUUCUGA